AUGGGAUCAAGCCCUGAUGCCAAUUCUAAAAUUACCCCAGAGAAGUUAAGAACGGAAAAUGCAAGAAAUCAGCCGGAGUCAUGUGAUUCGUCGGUUGAUCUCUAUGAGAAGGAAGUUUCUUCACCUGCGGUUAGCAUUAAUUCCAUUUAUAAAAGUAAGAGAACUAAAAUAGAUUUGGCUACUGAGCACGAGAAAAGAUCAUACGAGUCUAACCCCAAGUAUGGAAAGGGUAAGAAAAAUUCAAGUUCCACCAAGGGUGUGAACAUAGACGAGCCAUUUGAUAUAUGCCUCUCUGAGCCCUUGGAACAAGAUUUUCUUGAGCCUACUAUUUAUGAAAGGAAUUGGGAAAAACAGAUUGAUGCUGAAUGGUUGCUUGAGGAGAAUGGUCAACUGUUGAGACCUGGAAUGGUUUUGCUGAAAAAUUACAUUUCCCUCAAUGAGCAGGUGGAUAUCGUAAAGAGAUGUCGAAAUUUAGGUCUUGGCCCAGGAGGGUUUUACAGACCCGGUUUCCAAGAUGGAGCAAAAUUGCGUCUUUACAUGAUGUGUCUUGGUCGCGACUGGAAUCCUCAAACAAAAGUGUAUCAAGGAAGACGACAGCAUGAUGGUGCUGAGCCCCCUAGCAUUCCUCUUGAAUUCACUUCAUUAGUAAGAAGAGCAGUUGAUGAUUCCCAUACUCUGAUCGAAAGACACUCGAUGACAAAGAAUGCCGAGGACAUACUCCCUCGAAUGUCUCCAGAUGUGUGCAUAGUUAACUUUUAUACCAGUACUGGGCGACUAGGCCUCCAUCAGGAUCGUGAUGAAAGCAAGGAGAGUCUACUCAGUGGAUUGCCUAUCGUCUCCUUCUCUGUGGGCGACUCGGCUGAGUUCUUAUAUGGCAGUCAGAGAGAUGUUAACAAGGCUGAGAAAGUUUUACUACAAUCAGCUCCUUCUGCCUUAGUGGAACUUGCAAAACUUCAACCAGAUGGUCAUUGUAGAUUCUUGCACUUCUGGUUCUAA